CACCGCAUGACCCCAACCAUCGCUCGUUCAUGUACAAUAUCGAUUACCGCGUGAGCACCCGGAGAACCUCACCGUUCGCACGCUCGCAUGUCGUCCGUUUCCCGUGCGUUUGCGAUGAUUGAGUGAACGGCUCGAGCCACUUUCAGCGGGGCUGGCUCCUUGGGUUUCCUUUUCUCUUUUGGCAGAUUAUCGCUUCUGCGUCGCUUUUUCCUAUUUCUGCGCGAGCAAAUACAUCGAGUCGACAUGGAUCGUCGCGAGGUCGGCGUAAAUUGGCGUAAGAAGUGGGCUUCGAAGGCCAUCCUGGCGUUGCUGGUGCUGUUGCCGCUGUACUCGCUCUGGACGUUCUACACCUUGCCAUUUGUCCCCAACGUGCUGCCCCAACACCAGUCGCCGUUCAAUGCCCUCGAGGAACUGCAUUAUGCUCUCGAGACAAUGCAGAACGAGUAUUUUCAGAUAUGGCUGGGCAAAUGGCCGACCUCCAUUGACUGGACCGGCGCCGUACUGGGCACGCUCAUGUCGGCGUCCUUGUUCUCGCUUACCCGCUCCCUCGACUAUGUUCUGCCUCCUUCAACCUGGCAGCCGAAGUGGACGACCGUACAGGGUGAGAAGGUGGAGAACGAGAUCAAUCGUUAUUUCUCGCAGUCGAUUGCAUACUACUUUGGGGAGGAUGCCUUCAGCAUACGGCUGCAAGCGUAUGAUGACAUGCUGUGGGUUGUACUAGGUUGGUUGGAAGGCAUCCGUUUUGUGACCCUGCACUCGAAUGCCCACUAUCCACCAUCUUCCGGCCAGGACGGUCUCGGGGCAGGCAAGCCGUGGUACGGCACCCAGUUUAUACCCAGUUUCGCGCACCGGGCCAAUGUCUUUUACGAGAUCGCACGCCAAGGUUGGGACACGGAGCUAUGCGGCGGAGGCAUGGUCUGGAACCCCCGUCUGACGCCGUACAAAAAUGCCAUCACGAACGAGCUGUACAUCUCGGCUAGCGUGGGCAUGUACUUGUACUUUCCUGGUGAUAGCAACACGUCGCCCUAUCUGCAGAAUACGGUGACGAAUGUGCUUGCACGUGAUACAGACGAAACCGCGAUGACUGCUAUCGAGCGGAAAGGACCUCACGACCCUACGUAUCUCUCGAACGCAAUCAAAGCUUACGAGUGGCUCAAGCAUAGCAACAUGACGAACGAGAAAGGUUUGUACGUUGAUGGCUUCCACAUCGCGGGCUGGAACCGCAACGGCAGCAUAGGUACGGGAAAUUGUGACGUCAGAAACGAAAUGGUGUACACAUACAACCAGGGCGUGCUUUUAUCUGGCUUGCGUAACCUCUGGGAAGCCACUGGCAAAGUCUCAUAUCUCAAGGACGGACACGAACUCGUCCGCAAUGUUAUAGCCGCAACUGGGUGGCGCUCUCCGACGUCCCGGGUCCGUUGGUGGAGUGGCCUAGGCCGCAACGGUGUUCUUGAGGAGAUCUGCGACGCCUCUGGAACCUGCUCCCAGAACGGGCAGACAUUCAAAGGCAUCUUCUUCCACCAUCUCACGCUAUUUUGCGAACCCUUGCCAGAUAAACCGCUUGUUCCGGGCAAAACGUACGCCGCUGAUCCCGCUACGUAUAGUCUGCAUGCUCAAAGCUGCAAGGAAUAUGCAGCGUGGGUUGUCUGGAAUGCAAAGGCGGCAUUGGCGACAAGGGACGCACAUGGCCGAUUUGGAAUGUGGUGGGGCGUGCCGAACUGGGAUGCUGAUGGAGACGAUAUUGUCUCGGAGACUCCGGAGAGUUCAGAAGAUUACAGGAACGAAGGCCUGGGAAGUGAAGAGCUCUGGGGCGUUGGAUGGCGUGAAGGCCUGGAGAUCAGCCCUCCCAACCUUCCAAGAUUUGGAGGUGGUACCAUGUGGCCCGGUGGUGAAGAGUCUCUCAAUGCAGAGAACAUGAACUUGGCUGGAACGCACGUAGAGCUGCGCAAAAAGCGCCAGGAUCAUCGCUCAAACUGGGUUGGAAGCACAACCGACCUUAACGAUCGUGGACGUGGGAGAACCGUUGAGACCCAAGGCGGAGGUGUAGCUGUUUUGAGGGCGAUGUGGGAGUUUGUGCGUAUGUACAGUGAUUAACCCCAGGUCCAAACUCAGCGAUGGCAUGAGCGUUUUCGUUUUUAUUUUCUCCUCGUGUUUAUAGUCUAGAUGCUCGAACGACGAUGAAAUGACAGAACGAAGAAAUCAUGAUGCAAAAAUUUCUUUCAGCACCGGAUACAAACAUAGAGAAUCUAUUGCUUCUUUUUGCUGCUGGGAUUCAGGCAAUGGAUAGAACAGUCUUUAACGGUGGCUAAUGUGGGAAAAGAGCAAGAAUGGUUUUCGUUAGCGUGACGAGAGAUCUGAAAAAGACGAUAUACACUUGCAUCAAUCC